AUGCUUGAAUUGAUCGCCCAAACCUUGGAGGAGUUGAAGAAACCGGCCAAGGGGAAAGCCUCUAGCAGUACUUACACGAAUUCUCCAGCCUACUACAGAGAGGGAAUCCUGCUACCAUUCAGCCAUAUGAUGCAUGUUGCGGACACGGUUUCGCAGCCACUAGAUCAGGAUUGUAGUGCUAUCUCAAAGAAUGCGUUAAGGAAAAGACUACCACCACGUGAGUUGGACUAUGGUAAAACCUUUGCAAACGGAGAACACCAUACAGUUUGUGGGCGGUGUUGGGACAAAGCUCUUUUGAUCUACGUAUUUCCAUCAGCGGAGCGAUUAGUAGCUACAACUGGGGGGGGGUCGUAUAUGGUAAAGGAUCGUUUUGAGAAGUGUUUGGUUCGGUUAGGGAGACAUCGCAUCAAUUUGCGAACUAACCUCGAGCCUGUAGAUCAUUUCGAAUAUCUUUCCUCCACAACGCCUGAGCUUUUUGAAAGCCCCGUAGAUAAAGGAAGAAAGGAGUCUCACCUCAUUUUGUGGAGGCUUCCCCACAUAUCCGGCAUCCCAAUCAGGGGAGUUCCGCUGCCUGCUGACUUGUCGCAACCGCUGACUCCUGAAAAUCCCACACCAGGAUUACUAAGCUCGACCAACCAACAUGGAAGAGAACUAGCUUCAAGCCAGCACAAGGACCACGGCUAA